AUGAUCGCAUUCGCAAGAACUGCUCUGCGUGCGCGUGCCUCUGCGGCUGCGGCUGCUCCUCGCCCAGCAGCGCUCGCACUCCGAUGCAAGUCGACCAGCGUCUCGCACGAUCCCAUGACGGGCGAGGCGACGGGCACCAAGCACCUCGACGCAUCCUCGCUCGUCGUGACGCGCUCCAACGCGCCGCGCACACCGCCGCCCUCGCAGAGCCUCGUGUUCGGAGCCAACUUUUCCGACCACAUGCUCUCGGUGCCCUGGAACAGCGCCACGGGCUGGGACGCGCCCAAGAUCCACCCGUAUGCGCCGCUGCAACUCGACCCGAGCGCGGUCAUCUUCCACUAUGCGCCGUCGCUCUUCGAGGGCAUGAAGGCGUACAAGGACGUCAACGGCCAGACGCGCCUCUUCCGUCCGGACAUGAACAUGAAGCGCAUGAACACCUCGGCGGCACGCAUUGCGCUGCCCACGUUCGAGGGCGAGCAGCUCAUCACGCUCAUCAAGAAGCUCGUCGCGCUCGACAAGGGAUGGAUCCCAUCCGAGCCGGGUCACUCGCUCUACAUCCGUCCGGCGCUGAUCGGAACCGAGGCAGCGCUGGGUGUGCACCCGACCAAGGACGCGCUGCUCUUCGUCAUCUGCUCGCCCGUCGGGCCGUACUACAAGACGGGCUUCAAGCCGGUGGCGCUCGAGGCGGACCCGAACAAGGUGCGUGCGUGGCCGGGCGGAACGGGCCAGUACAAGCUCGGCGGCAACUAUGCGCCGGGCAUCCUGCCGCAGCUCGAGGCGGCCAAGCGUGGCUACCAGCAGAACCUGUGGCUGUUUGGUGAGGAGCAUCUGCUCACCGAGGUGGGCACCAUGAACCUGUUCGUGGCGCUCAAGAAGGGCGAUGGCGUCGAGCUAGUUACGCCGCCGCUGAACGGUAUGAUCCUGCCCGGUGUGACGAGGGACAGCAUCCUGCACAUCGCACACGACCAUGUCGAGGGCAAGUAUCCACUCGACAGCCUGCCCAAGAACCUCAAGGUCACCGAACGCGAGAUCUCGAUCCACGAGCUGAUCCAGGCAGAGAAGAGCGGCGAGCUCAUCGAGAUGUUCGGCGCGGGCACGGCUGCUGUCGUGAGUCCUGUGGAUAGGGUUGGAUACAUGGGCAAGGAUAUCCACAUUCCGGCAGGGGAUGGCAUUGGUCCCAUCGCAAAGGCCAUGCUCGGGAGGAUCACCGACAUCCAGCUCGGAAAAGUCGACCAUCCCUGGAGCGUCGUUGUCGAGGAUCUCUAG